CGCGCGCGGUCCCCCAAGAUAUCGAAAUCAAAUGGCAAAACGAACUAAACAAAUAGAUAGAACAAUUAAUAUAACAAUAAGCUAUUAGUUGAGUUUCAAGAGUCCUAUUUGCAAAAGGCAUUAGUAAAGAACAUAUAUGUAGCAUAUAGCUACUUAUUCUUAUAGAAAUUCUCAAAACUAAAGAAAGUUUAUACACAACAAUUAGUUCGUGGUAUACUAAACAAAUGGAAAGGUUUACUGACGUUCCAAAAUGCUCUUCUGCUUCUUCAUGAACAAAUGUCUUGAGGCGCAAUUGCAGAACAAUGUUCCUAGAAAGAGUCGUCGCUAGGUUAAUUUUGAUUAGGAAGUAGAACGUGCCUAGUGUUUCGAGCACAUCUUUGAAGUCGUUUUGAUCAACCUGACAAUAGACAUGCGUCACCAGUUGGUAAGUAUAUCACAAAAUUAAAUUUUAGAAGUAAAUUGAAAGUAUAAGUUCGAGAAUAGGUUAGAGGGCAGAUCUUGUAUAUUCUAAAUAUUUUUUUAGAAUUUUUAGAGAACGUGUUAAAAAGGCAUUGUGUCGGUAUGCCAGUUCCAUCACAGAAUCGAAGUUCAAAGUAUCUUCCCUUUCUUAUGUCUUGUGUGGGUUGACAAGUUUUAAAGGUUCUUUUUAAUUGCUUGAGAAAUAAUUGUUUUUGGAUAAAUAAUAGCAUACUAAAAGCUCUUAUCCUAACUUAAACUGGUAUCCCUAUACCCCCCCCCCUAAUUUUUAGAUCAUAUCACAGUGAGAUGAGAUUAUACACUUCCUUAAUUUGUUCCCAAAGGAGUUUCAAUAUAUCUGUUUUCAGGGAUUCCAACGAAUAUAUACCAAACUAUAAUUUCAUUCCUUUCCAUCUCUCCCUCUCCUUCCCAAUCCCCUUAUCUUCUUCUCUAUUUGUGUUUUAUGGUUUGUGAAUUCUGAAAGGUUUCUUCAGAAUUGCCUAUGCGUUUUGGUUAUGUAUGCAUUGAGGUUGCGAGGAGUGAUUCAGGAUUAUUUUUGUGUCAACGGAAGUAUACUCUUGAUAUUAUUUCGGAAGCAGGUUUUGCGGCUUUACCAUUGAACAAAAUCAUCGUCUUGGCCUAGCUGAUGGGUCGUUAAUGAAGGAGCCUGAGGCUUACCGCCGGCUUGUAGGCCGCCUGGUCUAUUUAGUUGUGACUCUUCCGGACCUUGCUUAUUCGGUCUAUAUCUUAUCACAAUUCAUGCAGGAGCCUCGAGUUGACCAUUGGGAUGCAACAUUGAGAGUUGUUCGGUACUUGAAGGGUACACCAGGGCAGGGUAUCCUAUUACGUGCUGACAGUAAUUUAACUUUGCAAGGAUGGUGCGACUCAGAUUGGGCAGUGUGUCCCAUCACUCGUCGUUCUUUAACAGAGGCAGAAUAUCGCUCCUUGGCCGCGAUUACAUGUGAAUUAAAAUGGUUAAAGGGAUUGUUGUUGAGUUUAGGAGUUCAUCAUCCUAAAGUUAUUCCAUUAUUUUGUGACAGUUAGUCCGCUUUGCACAUGGCUAAGAAUCCGAUUUUUCAUGAGCGCACAAAGCACAUUGAGGUUGAUUGUCAUUUUAUUCGUGA